AGAAGAAGCUGAGGCCUUAAAGCGCCAACCUGCGCGUGUUGAUCUGUCGCGUCCGCUUCUGUUUGUUUAUUUUCUCAAGUUUCUUUUUCAUUCACUCUAAUAAUCGCUUUUUAAACGCUUUAUCUUUUUAAAAUGCCGAAACGCUCGUAUCCGUUCAGCGAAACCUUCUCCUCACAGUAUAAACUUCAUGUUGGGCAAAAAGAAAUGAACAAUUACGGAGUUUUUGGACCGAAGUACAGACAAGAGGUUUACGAGAAAACCAAAAAUCUGCUGUUCAAUGGGACCAAAUCAGUGAUGAGUCGAAUCUGGAAGGCAGAUGGGGAGGAGAAGCCGUCAGACAUCCUGGUGUCUGAUCCAUCCUCCGCAUUCUCUGCACAAGGGCAUCAGACUCUUCUGAAAGGCCAAACGCUUAUCGGCACAGAUGGGAGAUUACAGAAAACAAACACAGUUCUGGGCUCUGCAGCGGCUCCUACAGCGUGUUGUGUGUGUCAGAGGGUUUCUGGGUCGAGGCAGCCCUGCGUGCAGUGUGAGCGGUCUGCAUGUCCUGCGUGCACCCAGCAAUGCUCCAGCUGCUCCAGUCACUGCUGCAGCUUAUGUGCCGUUACAGAUUACAGUGAGCGUUACGACCGUGUCCUGUGUGUCGGCUGUUCAUCCUGAUCAAAAUAACAGGACAUAUGGCUUGACGCAUGGAUGCUGAGAUGACGUUGAAGAUUGUGCAAGACGUGAUUUUUAAUUCAUUGCCAGUUAAAUGUAAAUGAGAUGACUAUUUUUAUAUACUGCUUCACCCCUUUCUUUACUUGUAUAUAUAUUCCAGUGAUUUAUUAAAUAAAUACUAGCUACUUUAUUAAUUAUGCUUUCAGAUGUUUAUUUUUGUUUGACACAUUAUUUGAUAUAACUGUCUACAGACCUGUGACUUUGUUAGUAAUGAAGUCCUCUGAAAAAAUGGCUAGAAAGGAGCAUCUGUCCUUGACUCAACCUGUACUUGACCCUCUACAAUUUGCAGAUAGAGUAGAAGAUGCUACUUGCACCUUAUUGAACGUGAUUUUAAACCAUUUAGAAGGGCUGAAAAAACACUUGUCUUGUUUUACUUUCCUCUGCUUUAAACUAUAUCCAGCCACAUAUCUUGGCUAGGAAUCUCAUUAACAACUUUUUUUUGGAUUUAAAUGUUUUUUGGCUUAUGAAUUUUUUUACUAACCAGUUUCAACGUGUACCUGUAAACCGUGUUUUGUCCAAUGCGGUACCCCAUAGGUCCCCCCAGGGUUGUCCUAUAUCCACUUUUGUUUAUUUUAUGUACUAACAAUGAUUGUCAUUUCCUUUUUGAGGGGAGACAUUACAUUUGCUGAUGUUUCAGGGAUUGUGUCUCUCCUCUCUUGAGUACAAGGUCAGCCACUGUCCGGUGGUUGACUAUUUUUCUCGAUGGUGUGAUAUCCCUUUUUUUUUUUUAAACAUUUCUGCCUGUCGAUUGAUUUUCGGAAGAAGCACUCUGGACCAGCUUUGCUGACUGCCAUAACAUGGUAGCUGGUAGAAGUGUUUAACCAAUAUAAAUAUCUUUAGACUGGUAUUGACUAUAGUAUAUAAUCAAAAGGAAAGCAUCAGAGAAUGUAUCUUCGGAGGAAAUUUCGCAGUUUUGAAAUUGAGUCAUUUGUCAUUUUUUUUUUAUUGAAUAUAUCUGGAGUUUAUCCAUUGUAUGUUGGUAUGGAAACCUGAACAUCAGAAACAGGAGUAAGCAGAGUUAAAUAUUUAGAAUGUAUUGUAGAAUAGAGGGGCCUGAACUGCGAGUAUUCCUCAGAUCUACAGUGAUGGAAUGAUCAAAAAGGGUCAUUCAGUCCUUUCAGAUGUCACUCAUCCACUGUUCAAUGAACUUAAAUUGUUGCCCUCAGAUCGCAGAUUCAAAAUGAUGUAAUGCUGUUGUGAUGUAUUGUAUAUGAACUGUUGUAUGUGGUGUCUUGUUUUGAACUGCAAUCUAUAAACCAAAUUGCCUCUUUAGGACAAAUAAAGUAUUUGAAAUUGAAAAAGA